AUGAUUACUUGUUCUACUGAGAAUCUUGUUAUUAGUUUGGGAAUUCCUAGUCAGAAUUUAUCUGGUACAUUAUCACCAAGUAUUGGAAGGUUAACAAAUCUUCAAACUAUUAUGUUACAGAAUAACAACAUAACUGGACCAAUCAGUUCAGAGCUAGGAAAACUUUCCAUGCUUCAAACACUUGAUCUUUCUGAUAACUUCUUCAAUGGAAAGAUUCCUACUUCUCUUGGUCAUCUGAGAAAGCUUCAAUACUUGAGGCUUAAUAAUAACAGUUUUUCUGGUGAAUGUCCCGAGUCGUUGGCGAACAUGGCGCAACUUACUUUUCUUGAUUUGUCAUUCAACAAUCUUAGUGGCAGUGUGCCUAGAAUCUUGGCCAAAUCAUUCAGUAUUGUUGGAAACCCUCUGGUCUGUGCUACAGCAAAAGAAACAAACUGUCAUGGGAUGAAAUUCACGCCUAUGUCAAUGAACUUAAACAAUACUAACGAUGCAUUACCAUCAAGAAGAACAAAAGCUCACAAAAGGGUCAUUGCGUUUGGUUUAAGUCUUGGAUGCCUUUGCUUAUUAGUCCUUGGUUUCGGAUUUUUACUAUGGAGGAGACACAAACAUAAUCAACAAACAUUCUUUGAUGUUAAAGACCGACAUCACGAAGAAGUCUACCUAGGAAACUUGAAGAGGUUCCAAUUAAGAGAACUCCAAAUUACUAGUCACAACUUCAGCAACAAAAACAUAUUAGGAAAAGGCGGCUUCGGCAUUGUCUACAAAGGAAUUAUUUCGGACGGUACGCUUGUCACUGUAAAGAGGCUUAAAGAUGGAAAUGCCUCCUUGGAAGAAGUUGUGAUGGCCUUGAAAUACGGAGGAUAUAUCUUCAACAAUCUCCACACUGAAAUCAAUACAAGGCACAUUUAUAUGACAAGCAAAAUGGUUGAAAAGUACUCUGGAUGGAAUGCUUACAUUGCACUAGUCGGCGGUAACUUGGUUGUCUGGAAGGGUGCGCCAACUACUCCAUUGAUAAUUACAAAGCUGAUUGCUGAAGUUUUUGAGAGGAACAAUUUACCCGGAGCAAUCUUUACCGAUGAUGCCGAUAUCACAUUAGUUGUGCGCUCUGUUUUCUUUGCAGCCUCCGGUACUACACCAAAUUUUGCCUUAAUGACAACUGCAAUGAGUGGUCCUGGUUCUAAUGGAAGUCACAGUGAAAAGCAGCAAUAG